UUGUGACAGUUGUGUUGAAUGUUGAUACGUGUGUGUAGAAAAAACUGAGUCGAAAUGAGUCAAAAACGAAGAAAACCAGCAUGCGCCAGUAUAGUACUUUGCUCAGCUAUAUCAUCAUCGAACCGUAAAUUCCAACAAUCAAUGAUCCGCCCAAUACUCAUAAUAUUUAGUUAUAUCAUUAUAAAUAUUAAAUAGGUACCUACAUAAUAUAACAAGUUUUCAGAGGUGGCCAACAUUUGUGACUAACCCGCGGGCAGCCCAUCUCAUAAAUAUAUAGACAAGUAAAUUACGUACACAAAUCCACAGUUUUACCGAAUGGCACCGAAUUUGCACAAAUAUUAUUUGGAUUCCCGGAAUUCCGCAGGUACAUGGCAAAUACAGACCGACGACGCUAGGAGGUGGGGGUAUACCUUUGAAACACAUUUUUCGCUGUGAGGAGCGGUCGUCGGAAUUCUGUCAGCACUCCAGCGCUGAUCGACAGACCACCAGCACACACGGACACACACGGAAGAAAUCAUUUCUACUUCGAUUGUUGUUACAAGAUUCCUAGUUCCUGUGAAAUGGACACUAAACGUAAGCACUCGGCAAGUUAUGAACAUACCAGAACGAAGUCGAAAAAAUCCAACACUGGUACAGAAAAUACUCUUCGUACGUCGUCAUCUCAGUGUACUGGCAUUCAACGGGCCUCGAUGUCGGCGAUUGAUUUAAAUGUGGCCAAUUCGCAGGAACAAGUCAGUGGCCUGCCUAGUGCAUGGACCGAAAACUACGCAGUAGGCCAAGACGUUCUAGACAUAACCUUAACUACUAGCUCAAGCGAAUCAGAUGGACCGCAUGUAAUUUUUUCGGGUGGCGAACAGGACAAUGGUAACAACUAUAAUUAUAACAGCUCUCAAGACGACGAGGCGAUGGAGGACAGGAGUUCAACGCUUAGCACCUGCAGUAGAGACAGUGACAAUCAUUUGGAUGAUGAAUCACGUACAUCAGUUAUUAUUGAAAACCCCAAAAAUUCGCAUCAGUACACCGAUGAUGAACUUAACACUACUUACUCAGAGUGCUCAACUGCAGUUACUUCACGGGUAAGCCAUCUGAAUAAUGGCUAUGAUUAUUAUAAGACCACAAACGACCAGGAGAUCAAUAAUUCUCGUUUAAAGUCUACCACCUACAGUUAUAAGACCAACUGUUUCGGCUGUUAUUGUGUUGAUCUCAAUAAAGAUUAUUCGGAUGAUGGACCGCAAACUACAAAUAACAUUGGCGCCACCGAACAUACUAAUACGUUUCAGUGCGGCGACGAUAAAAUAAACGCCAGUACCUCAGAGUGGUCGACUGCAAGUACUUCGGUUGGCCAACAGGAUAAUGGCUAUAAAUAUAACCAGACCCAAAACUACGAGGAGAUGAAUGACACCCGUUCAAAGUCGAGCACGGAAACCCUUAGAGGAUCGACUCUAAUAACUUCGAUUAGAGAGCAGGAGAAUGGAUGCUUCGUAUACUUGACAGAAUACGACGGAGCAAUGAAUGAAAUCUGCUCAAAUGUGUACACUAUUGAGAAGCCAACAAUGCCAAUCUUGAAAAAACCAUUAUCGUCGUUUGUAGUAAUGUCCUUAUGACAGAAACCGAAUGGAUACAACGGAAAAGGUACCUGCAGAGAAGACCAUUUGAAGUUUAAGAUGUCGCAGCUGCCAAUUACGUAUUAUACUUUUAUACCGAAGUGAUCAGAAAUUUGACUGAAACUUUCUAAUACGUAAAUUUCGAAAAAUAAUUAAGAUAGAAUUUAAAAUAAGCCUAUUAUUUAAUUAAUCUCAAAAUAUUAUAAAUAUAUUUUUAUAACGCAAUUAACCGUUUCUUUUUAUGUUUACAAUCAUAACCAGUUUUAUAAAUAAUGGCUAAUAUCAUCAUAAUCUUUAUUAUUGAAUAAUAUUGUAUAAGUUAUAUUUUAUAUGAGCGCCAGUUUUAGCUUAAUGAGUAGGUGGCUGUCCAUAUCGUUUGGUAUGUCCACCUGCUAAAAAGUUCCUACCUAAAGGCUAUAGUUUAAGAAAAUAUUAUAAAAUAAUAUUGUAAAAUUAUAUAAUA